AUGACCUUGACCGUUGGCCUUUUGAUUCGGACGGGUUUACAUUUCUGCUCGCAGCCGAUUCUGCGUCGUCAAUUGACGAGUUGCAUAACCAUCCGCUCAUUAGACACCGGGAUACCGACUGUCUUCUCGGUCUGCUCAGCCUGGCACGCGUUUCAGUCUUCCCAAGAGAAUAUCAGUGCCAGUUCUAGGCAAUUCUGGCGCCGAACCGGGCUUCUACCAGCCAAUUCUGGCUCCGCAACAGAUGGCCCUAUGUAUUCUUUUCUUCGAGAACUCUUCGCAUAG